ACGAUUGGCCCGGGGGAGGCGGCGGGGUAGGCUGCGCGGGAGGCCGACAGGGGGCAGCGGGCGAUGGCGGCGGAGGUGGCGACGGGUCGGCUAGGCUGGUUGCUCACCGCGCUUUUUCUGGGCCACACCGCUGGGGAGGCGACACCGGGGCCGCGAGUGUUGGGCGUCUGUCUGGAGGAGGACGGAGCCAAGGACUCUGGGUGGGCGAGAGGGGGUGAGGCGCGGGACGCGCAGGCGGAGGCCACCUUCCGCCUGCGCCUCUUCGGCUCUGGCUUCGCUAACAGCUCCUGGUCCUGGGUGGCUCCCGAGGGGGCGGGCUGCCCGGAGGGCGGGCCGGCCGUGGCGGCCGAGGAGGCGGUGGCCCCCUCCGGCGAGUGGCGCGCGCUGCUGCGCCCGCACUCUGCGCUGCAGGCUACUGGCGGGGAACCCGGAGGUGCGGUGGCGGCGGCGGCCGCAGCCCGUUCAGGGGAGUGGCACGCGCUGUUGCGCUUGCGCGCCGAGGCCGUGCGCCCGCACUCCGCGCUGCUAGCGGUGCGCGUGGAGCCCGGCGGCGCGGCGGCCGAGGAGGCGGCGCCGCCCUGGGCGCUGGGCCUGGGGGCCGCGGGGCUGCUGGCGCUGGCGGCGCUCGCGCGGGGUCUGCAGCUGAGCGCCUUGGCGCUGGCGCCGGCUGAGGUGCAGGUGCUGCGCGAGAACGGCUCGGAGUCGGAGCGCGCUGCCGCACGGCGCCUGGAGCCCGCGCGGCGCUGGGCUGGCUGCGCCCUGGGCGCGCUGCUGCUGCUGGCCAGCCUGGCGCAGGCGGCGCUGGCCGUGCUGCUCUACCGCGCCGUGGGGCAGCGCACGGUACCCGCCGUGCUGGGCAGCGCGGGGCUCGUGUUCCUGGUGGGUGAGGUGGUGCCGGCCGCUGUGAGCGGGCGCUGGGCACUGGCUCUAGCGCCGCGCGCGCUGGCUCUCAGCCGCCUGGCGGUGCUGUUCACGCUGCCCGUGGCGCUGCCGGUGGGGCAGCUGCUGGAGUUGGCGGCGCGGCCCGGGCGGCUGCGGGAGCGCGUGCUGGAGCUGGCGCGCGGCGGCGGCGGCGGCGACCCGUACAGCGACCUGAGCAAGGGCGUGCUCCGCUGCCGCACGGUGGAAGACGUGCUCACGCCCCUCGAGGAGUGCUUCAUGCUGGACGCCAGCGUCGUGCUGGACUUCGGCGUCCUGGCCAGCAUCAUGCAGAGCGGCCACACGCGCAUCCCCGUGUACGAGGAGGAGCGCUCCAACAUCGUGGACAUGCUCUACCUCAAAGACCUGGCGUUUGUGGACCCCGAAGAUUGCACGCCGCUCAGCACCAUCACCCGCUUCUACAACCACCCACUCCACUUCGUUUUCAACGACACCAAGCUGGACGCGGUCCUGGAGGAGUUCAAGCGAGGGAAGUCCCACCUGGCCAUUGUGCAGAAGGUGAACAAUGAGGGUGAAGGGGACCCCUUCUACGAGGUCCUGGGCCUGGUCACCCUGGAGGAUGUCAUCGAGGAGGUCAUCAAGUCUGAGAUCCUGGAUGAGUCUGAAGAUUACCGAGACACUGUGGUGAGGAAGAAGCCUGCUUCUCUCUGUGCUCCUCUCAGACGGAAAGAAGAAUUCUCCUUGUUCAAGGUGUCUGACAAUGAAUGUAAAGUGAAAAUCUCACCUCAGCUGCUCUUGGCCACCCAACGCUUCCUUUCUCGAGAGGUGGAUGUGUUCAGCCCACUGCGAAUCUCUGAGAAGGUCCUGCUGCACCUGCUGAAGCAUCCCAGCGUCAACCAGGAAGUGAGGUUUGACGAGAGCAACCGCCUGGCUGCACACCAUUACCUGUACCAGCGCAGCCAGCCGGUGGAUUAUUUCAUUCUCAUCCUGCAGGGCAGGGUUGAGGUGGAGAUCGGGAAAGAGGGCCUGAAGUUCGAGAAUGGGGCCUUCACCUACUAUGGAGUGUCUGCCCUGACAGCACCGUCCUCAGUUCACCAGUCUCCAGUGACCUCGCUCCAGUCUGUUCGCCAGGACUUGCAGCCUGAGCCAAUUGACGGUACUCGCCUGUCCACAUACUGUCCCGACUAUACCGUGAGGGCCCUCUCUGACCUGCAGUUCAUUAAGGUCACAAGACUACAGUACCUCAACGCACUCCUGGCUACCCGAGCCCAGAACCUUCCCCAGUCCCCUGAGAACCCAGACCUUCAGGUCAUCCCAGGAAGCCAGACCAGACUUCUUGGUGAUAAGACAGCUACAACAGCAGGGUCCAACCACAGCAGACCUGGCCUCCCCAUGGAGGAGAGCCCUGGGCGGAACCCAGGAGUUUAACUGUUGUUUGCCAGGCAGCCCCAGCUCUGGGGAAUGGACAAGCACCUGGGGAACUGGAGAGAGCAGAGGAGCAGCUUCCUGCAAGUCUGUCCCCAUCCCCUCCAGGCCACGUUUUAGAUGGCUUUUGUAGGUGUGGGUCCUGGGUGGUCUUAGUACCAGGCAUCAGUGCCAGAAACCUUCAGCAGGCCCUACUCUCCUUUAGGAAAUGUGGGCCAGCGAGGUUAUAGCCCUCCAGGGUUGCUUCUGGAAGGAAUGAAAGGAACAGUGUCAUCUCCAACCCCUUGGGCACAGCCUUCUCCCUGUGACAGUGCAGUGUAUUUAUACCUCUUCAGGCCAAGCCAUGACGUGAGUGUAAGCAUGAUUACUGCCGUUUAUGUGGCAGUGACCUAUGCUCACUUUGCUUUUUAUUUUGCCAACUUUCUGCUGCUGGCAGCACAUUUGAGCAAGCCAAGAGCACCAGUUUGGACUGGGGUUUCAAAUCCAUGGCCUUAACCACAGUGAACUUUUGACUUCCCUUAUAAUGCCAUGUUUCAAAGCAUCUGCCCCAGUCUGUCUCAGUGUGCCAAACAUAAAAACAUGAAUGCCCACAGAUCCAUUCCACCAGCCACUUCCCUCCUGUGGAGGGAGGUUGCUUUUCUGACCUCUCUGAAGCCCUGAGUAAGAUAGCCUCCAGGGGGCACUGAGGAGCCCUGCUCUUUCUGCUUGUUUGUGGCACUUUAUUGCCACUAACAGUAUUGCCAUUUUCUGUGUUGUAGGAAGAGGUUACUCGUGGGAGCAAGGGGUCUUUUUGGCUAUAGCUAAUCUUUCUUGCUGUACACCAGGGAGAAUAAUUAUUGGUUUCAUUCUGUCCCCUCCUUCUUGGCAUCCUUGGCCUAGGUAGUAAUGUGCAAAGAGAACAUAACGGCAGGAGAGGGAGGGUGGUUAUGGACCAAGUAGGUCCCUGUAACCUUUCAAAACAAAAGAGCAAUGACAUGAAAUUAGAGGGCUUUUUGGUUUUCCCCCCUUUCAAACAUUUCAGACACUCAACCUUUCCCCCUUUUCUAACUAGCUAUGAGGUAUACCUUCCACACUUCAGCUCUAUAAAAAAAAGGGGGGGGGGGGGUAAAUCACAGAAGUCUAGGGUCAUAAAUUGGGCAGGGAAGGAGGAUUUCUGGAACCUCUCUCAAGGGACUUUGGGUCCUUAUCUGGGACCAAUGAGAAUGAAGGCCAAAGAACAGUGCUUGCUUAGAAAUUAUUCUUGAGUUCUGCCCAAAAGAAAUCCCAGGUGGGAAAAACUUUUAACAGUCAUCUCUCUCCAGAAUACCCUUUCUUGGCUGCACAUUGGGAUCACCUGGCAAUUAAAUACUGGUACUUGCGAGUCUCAGCCCAUUCUGAUUUAAUUAGUCAGGACAUCUCAAUUUUAUAUUUUGAAAUAAUUUUAGAUUCACAGCAAAGUUCCAUACACCUUUCACCUAGCUUUUCCUGUUGUUAACAUCUAAUAACCUUGAUAAAUUAUCAAAGUUAAAAAUUAAUAAUGGUACAAAACUCUUAACUAAAUUAGACUUUAUUUGGAUUUUAUCCAGUAGUGUCCUUUUUCUGUUACAGGAUCCAAACCAGGAUGCCAAUUUGAAAUUAGAGCUUACUGCUUUUUUAAAAAAUUUUUGCUAACUUUAUAUUUAAAAAUACAGAUUCAUAGGAAGUUGCAAAGAUACAUCUCAUAUGUAGCCUUCACCCAGUUUUCCUCAGUGGUUAUAUCUUACAUAGUUAUAUCACAACCAGGAAUCUGACACUGUUGCAGUGUAGAUGUAUAGUUCUCUAUCAGGUAAAUUUAUGUAGGCACCCCUCAGUAUAGACAUACAAACUGUUCCUUCACCACAGGAUCUCCUCUAUUUUAGAAUCAGACCACCCCUCUGACCAUCGGCCCUAAUCCCAGGCAACCACUAAUCUCUCAUCUCUUUAAUUCUGUCUUUGCAAGAAUGUAUAAGUGGGAUCAUACAGUAUGUAACCAUUUGGGGAUGAUGUUUCUCACUCAGCACAAUACUUUGGAGGUUCAUCCCGAUUGUUGCAUGUGUCAAUAGUUUGUUCCAUAGCAUUCCAUGGUGUUACUCAUUGUCUCAUUUAAAGACAUCUGGGUGGUUUUCAGUUUUUGGCUAUUCCAAAUAAAGCUGCUAUGAACAUUCACUAUA